AUGAUUCCUCCAUGUUUGGGAAACUCAAGUAAUUAUCUCAUAGAUUUGGAUUUGAAAAGUAACAAUCUUCAUGGUACUAUCCCUUUAACAUUUGCAAAGGGCUGUUACUUGAGAAGUCUUAAACUCAAUGGCAACCAAUUUGAAGGUUCAUUGCCACAAUCAUUGGUCCAUUGUAGAAAGUUGGAAGUUCUAGAUUUUGGUAACAACAAGAUUAAUGGAACCUUUCCUCUUUGGUUGGAAAAUCUUCCAAACUUGCGGGUUCUUAUCUUGCGGUCAAACAACUUUCAUGGUGCUAUAGGCAAUCCCAAGACCAAAUUCCCAUUCCCAAAUUUGCGAAUCAUUGACCUUUCUCACAAUGAGUUCCAUGGGCAUUUGCCGACAAACCUUUUUAAGUAUUUAAAAGCCAUGAUGAAUGCGAGUGCCGGCAAAGGUGAAUUGAAAUAUAUGGGUGAUUUUUAUUAUCAAGAUUCUGUGAUAGUGGAGAUGAAAGGGAUUUCCAUUGAAUUGGUAAAAAUCCAAAGUCUAUUCACAACCAUUGAUUUCUCCAACAAUAAUUUCCAAGGAGAAAUUUCAGAGUCAAUUGGAGAGCUUCAAUCACUUAAGGGGCUUAAUUUUUCACACAAUAAUCUUACAGGUUGUAUGCCUCCAUCGUUGGGAAAAUUAACCAAUCUCGAAUGGUUAGAUCUCUCCUCAAACAAGCUCAUAGGUGAAAUUCCUAUACAAUUGACAGAUCUCACAUCACUGGAAAUUUUAAACCUAUCAGAAAACUAUCUUUCUGGACAGAUACCUCAAGGUAAACAGUUCAAUACCUUUAUGAAUGAUUCUUACAAUGGGAACCAAGGGUUAUGUGGAUUUCCAAUGACAAAAGCUUGUGGCAAUGAUGAGGGACAACAACCACCACCAUCAUCAACGAUUCAGGAAGAUGAUUUCAAAUUUGAAAAUGGGUUUCAUUGGAAAGUUGUAUUGUUGGGUUACGGUGUUGGAUUCAUGUUCGGAUUAGGUUUGGGUUAUCUUGUGUUCUCAAGUGGAAAGCCAAUAUGGCUAGUGAAUAUUUUUUAUGGAGAACAAGGCUGGUGGCCCUUUCUAUCCAAUGUUAAUAGGAUUGAGGGACAACAUCCAUUCAUAUUUAACGAAGCACUGGCCGGCAUUCCACGACCAAAUGAUAACAUAACACUGACACUUCACCUUUUUGCCUUUAGAGAUGCACGUGACAUUGGGAAGGUUUGCUAUGAAUUCAUACAGAAAUGCCUCCCUUACCUCAAGGGGACAGGGCAGUCAAACCCAACUAUAGCUCCUGAUUUUCUCAUUGAGACAAAAAUGAGUGAGUCUGCAAUGGGGAUAUCAUAUUUGCAGGAAUUGUCAUCUUUGGUAUCAUUCGGGAAAUUGAUAGCUAAUGAGAAGACUGCAAGAUUGGCAAGGGUUUAUGUGCCAGAUGAUGGAUCAAUCUUUCGAAUGGACUUUGCUUGGGCAAUGAUGAAGAUGUCAGGUCUUAAUGUUCUGGCUGGAUCUCAAGGUUAG